UUUUCAGAAUUUCCCUAUUGUUAGUUGCUGGCUCAUAUUCCAAACAUCACCUGUCCCUGCUGCCAGCACCUUGGGGCCCCAGGAUUGCUCACCUUGAGAUGCCAUGGGUACAGGUGGUGACUAUCAUGCCUGGGAUUGGCCCUUCAGAUGUGAUCCUGAAGCACACCUGGAGAGGGGCCAAAGAGGUGUAUAUCAUCAGAGCUCUGAGAGCUCCUUGAGGGCAAUCCCCAAGACACACUUCUCUCUAUCCUGACUUCCUCGCUGGCAUGGUGUGCCGUAGUAGUCUGCAAUGUUAAGAGAAUUCUAAGGCUGAGUUAUCAGUGGAAGAAGGAAAACAGUUUUCCUGGGCAUUGGACUGAAGGCUAUUUGGAACUGCUAAAGUUGGAGCCCUGGAGGCGCAGUGGUUAAGAGCUGUGGCUGCUAACCAAAACGUUUGAAUCCACCAGCUGCUCCUUGGAAACCCUAUGGGGCAGUUCUACUCUGUCCUACAAGGUCACUAUCAGUCAAAAUCAACUGGGGUUUAAGAUGAUCCACGGCAGGAGGGGUACUGCCCCCUAGGGGGCAUCUUGGAAAUUGAUGGGGUAUCAUUUUGAUUGCCACAAGGGUUUGAGGGGAUGCUACUGGCGUUCAGUUGGCCUGGGCAGGGUGCUAAAACCAAAAACCAAGCCCAUUGUGGUUGGGUGCUAGACGUCCUGCGAUGCCAGGCAUCUCCCUUGAGAGGUCCUUCGGUCACUAUAAGGAAUUCCCAGGACAACUUUCGAAUGACCUGCUGGGUAUCAUGUAUACGAAAAACUUAUUUGUAUUUAUCUGAACCCAGAACUGUCUUCCUUUUUACAUGUAAACAAGAAAUAGCUUUAUGCACAUUUUGAAAAAGACUCAGUUUUCCAGAAAUGCAUCUACACCUAAAUUAAGAGAAAAUGGUACUUUGUUUUUUCUGCACUGCACCAAGAAUUUAUCGUUUUAGAAAAUCACGUUACCAGUGGAAACACUGCUUGUGAUAACUCGGUGGCCAAUAAAACACAGGUUUCCACUGGCAUUUAUAGUUACCACAUUCAUAGUGGUUCUACACUUGGCUGUGGGGAUUGGACUACCUUGUCUUCUGGUUUAGUUGUGCCCACACUUUUAGCUUUUGAAAAAUAUUUUAUUAUAAAUUACUUUCCCUUUGUUUCUCCUUUAUUUGAGAACAUUGUAUGGAGUGGUGGUUGUGGUCAUUAUGUGUAAUAUUGGGUAUAUAUUAUUCUUGAGUUUCAUUUUGAGGCAGUCAAGGGAGUUUGGUUCUGAAAAGGCUGAGAAUGGCAGAUGCAAUAGUGAUGGCUCUAAAUGGUGCUGAGAGGAGAAUACAGUCUACAAAAUCUCCCCAGGUUAUUUCAGUCAGUCUCCUCACCCUCCCAUCCUACUUGCCAGAGCCCAGCCUAGGAGUAGGGGAUCUGGAUGGAGAUUCUUGGGGGAGGGGUCCAGAACUUGGUUCCCCAGUUAAUGGGUGAUGGAGGUUGCACAAGAGCUGGGCAAAGGUGAAAGGGCCCUGUCCUGCUCCAAAUCCCUCAUCCCUUCGCUCCGCUUCGCUGAUAGCCCCACCUCCUCCCCCGCUGCAGGCAGCUAACUCCACCCAAAUUCAAACCUCUUGCUCUCUACUUAACUCUGGCCCAGGGAAGCCAAGACAAGACAGAGGCCAGGGCGGCAUGAGCCGAUCACCCACACGUCCCAACCAACUUCAAUCCGUGGGCUUCCAGGAUGCCUUGGCUCUCCAGCCAUCGUCACCUGCUCCCCAGAGUCCCUCGUCCCCUUCUUGGGCCUCUCUGGGUGGUCCUCCUCCCUGGGGCCUGAGCUGUCUUCUGGCUCUACAGGUAGGAGGCAGAGGUGCAGGAGUUAGUACUGGCCAAAGGGGUGUUUGGUUGGGGGGCAGGUCUGGCAUGAGCGACCCUCUGGAAAUGGUUAUUUCCUGGGAGAGUUGUGUGUCUGAGGACCACCCCACCCCAUUCCUCCCCCUGCAGCAUAUCAUCGUCCUAGCUUCUCUGCUCUGUGUCUCCCACCUGCUCCUCCUCCGCAGUCUGCCCCCAGGAGGACUCUCUUACUCCUAUGCUCAGCUCCUGGCCUCCAGUCUCUUUUCGAGUGGUGUGUCUACUGCCUUGCAAAGUUGGAUGGGCAGCAGGCUGCCUCUUGUCCAGGCCCCAUCCUUGGAGUUCCUUAUCCCUGCUCUGGUGCUGACCAGUCAGAAGCUACCUAUGGCCACCCAGACACCUGGAAACUGUGAGCACAGAGCAAAGGCACGGGCCUCCCUCAUGCUGCGCCUGUGUCAGGGGCCUGACUGUCAAGGCCUGGAGCUCGGGAACACUUCUCUCCGAGAGGUGUCCGGAGCAGUGGUGGUAUCCGGGCUGCUGCAGGGCACACUGGGGCUGUUGGGGGGCCCUGGCCGCUUGUUCUCCCACUGUGGGCCCCUGGUUCUGGCCCCUGGCCUAGUUGUGGCAGGGUUGUCUGCCCACAGGGAGGUGGCCCUGUUCUGUUCCGUUCACUGGGGCCUGGCCUUCCUGCUUAUCUUGCUCAUGGUGGUCUGUUCUCAGCACCUGGGUUCCUGCCGGUUACCACCAUGCCCUUGGAGGCUAGCUUCAGCCUCUCCAACUUGUGCUCACAUCCCUGCCUUCCGGCUCCUCUCGGUGCUGAUCCCUGUGGCCUGUGUGUGGAUCAUCUCUGCUCUUCUGGGUCUCAGCACUAUCCCCCUGGAGCUGUCUGUCCCCAUGGAGGCACCUUGGUUUUGGCUACCUCACCCAGGUGAGUGGGACUGGCCCUUGCUGACGCCCAGGGCUCUGGCUGCAGGCAUUUCCAUGGCGCUGGCAGCCUCCACCAGUUCCCUGAGCUGCUACGCACUGUGUGGCCGGCUUCUGCAUCUGCCUUCACCGCCUCCGCAUGCCUGCAGUCGAGGGCUGAGCCUGGAGGGUCUGGGCAGUGUGCUGGCUGGGCUACUGGGGAGUCCCAUGGGCACCGCAUCCAGCUUCCCCAAUGUGGGCACGUUGAGCCUUACCCAGGCUGGAUCUCGGCGAGUUGCCUACUUGGUGGGGCUGCUCUGCAUGGCGCUCGGACUCUCCCCCAGGCUGGCCCAGCUCCUCACCACCAUCCCGCUUUUUGUGCUUGGUGGGGUUCUGGGGGUGACCCAGGCUGUGGUUCUGUCUACUGGAUUCUCCAGCUUCCACCUGGCUGACAUUGACUCUGGGCGGAAUGUCUUCAUAGUUGGCUUCUCUAUUUUCAUGGCCUUGCUGCUGCCAAGAUGGCUUCGGGAAACCCCCGUCCUCCUCAUCACAGGCUGGAGCUCCUUGGAUGUAUUAUUGCGUUCGCUGCUGACAGAGCCCAUCUUCCUGGCUGGACUCUUGGGCUUCCUCCUAGAGAACACCAUUUCUGGCACACGGCUUGAGAGAGGCCUAGGUCAUGGACUUCCAACUCCUUUUGCUGACCAAGAGGCUUGGAUGCCUCAGAUGUUCAGAGAGAAGGCUGUUCAAGAGUAUGGGCUUCCUCUCCCCAUCCAAAAACUAUGUUCCUGCAUCCCCCAGUCCCUCCGUUGUCUCUGCCAGCUGCCUGAGGAACUUGGACAUGAGGAAGGGGAGCCCUCUGAGCCAGGAGAGACAGCAGACUUGCUGCCUGGCUCUGGGGAGCCUUGCCCGGGGGCUACCAGAGAAGGGCUUAGUUUCCAGUAAUUCCAGGAUGCCUACUUAUAAAAUUUUUCUUUUUUUUACUUUGGUCUGGUUAGUUCAGCUCGUUGGGGAGUCAGCUCCCACACUCUACUUUCUCCUAGGGAGAGGAUGUGUGUGUCUAAUCUGGGCCCAUCUAAGGGUCCCAUUUCCCGCUAGGCAAGUGCCUUUCUUUCUCUUAAUUAGGCCUAACUGUUUCACAUCUUUCUCCCACGGAGCAGCUGGUGGGUUCCAACCACCGACCUUUUGGUGGUUUAGUGGGUUGUGAAUGAAUAAGAUUUUGCCUAGGCAUCACCAAAGCCACUUAAACCCCAGCAUUCGGUUAACCAAUAUUUAUUGAGUACCUUCCAUGUGCAAGGUUCUGGAACUACAGAUAUGAACAUUACAGGGUCUCUACCACCCCAAAAGCACUUUCAGACCUAUGUGAUAACUAAAAUGCAAAGAAGAAGGCAAUCAGUCUGUAAUAAAGAUUAAAACAAUGCUCUUGGAGCAAAGAGGAAGGAACAAUUAAUUCUGAUUGGGGGAAAAUGGAAAAGUCUUUAUAAAAGAAGGACCCUGAAAAAAUGGGUGGGGAGAAUUUUUCAGGCUCAGAGAUCAGCUUGAACAAAACCAUGAGCAGUACAAAGUACUAGGUGAGUUGAGAAGUUUCAAGUUUCUUCGUGGUGAUGGCAUAUGAAUAUACAGAUGAAUGGAGAAAUGAGGCAGGAGAGGCAAAGGGCAAGGUCGGACAGUGGGACUCACGCUUAGGAGACUCCUCUCUUAAACCACUCUAGUGCUGGUGAGGAUCUGAGAUUUAGUGAAGUUCAAUCCCCUCAUUUUAUAGAAAAGAAGCUGGACAGGGACCAGAGGGAAGGGGCUUCAGUUUGUUGACAAAUCCAAACAUGAGACCCGCCCCAUCCUACACCUCAUUCAGUAUUCUUUCUACUUCACUAGCAUGCCUCGAGGAGCGCCGCUACCCCCUCUCUCCUAGCGGGUUGCCCACCCUCUCCUUGUUUUCAGGCCUAGGUGGCCCGCCAGCUCUGAGCUUUCA